UUUAUUGGGGUCAGAUGAGGCUGUUUUGGAAGGACAACUCCGUGAAAGCGAUACACUGAACCUGAGACUCGUUUAAGGUAAAGUCAUGGCAGGCAACAGAGGUCGCGGAAGGAGCCAGUUUACCUUCAAUGUGGACACACUCAGAUUCGGGAGGGGUGAUUCUUUACCCACAUCUGCACAUACACCUUCUCCUCUUUUUCCUCCUAUGCAGUUUAGGCCAGUGCCUCUGCAUACAGGAGAAGAGGUGGACUACAUGCUCGCUCUUAAGCAGGAGCUGAGAGCCUCCAGCAAGAACCUGCCGUUCCACAUAAAAGCAGCCAGAACAAAGACAGAUGUGGCACGUUACUCUGAUAAAUAUCAAAAUGGAGAGCCGAAGUACAACUGCAUUGAAUGGAGUCCAGACUGGAGCCGAAUGCCAAAAGAGCUUUGCAUUAAAGUACAGAAAACAAGGAAAACAGGUGCCAAACCACAACUCACACAAAAACCAAAAGUAGCUGCUAGAAAAGAAGAGGUUCUCCAAAAACUAGAGACACUUGAGAAAAGAGAACAAGAGCAGCAUUCUGAGGAAGAGGAGGAUGAAGAGAAGAAGAAACAGAAUGAGGAGGAAGAGGAGGAGCCGGAUGAAGACUAUGAUGAAGAGGAGCUUGAAGAUGAGACAGACUACAUCAUUUCCUACUUUGACAACGGAGAGGAUUUCGGAGCGGAUAGUGAUGACAAUAUGGAUGAAGCUGUCUGCUAAUGCAUUUAACAGGCAUUUUAUUUAAAGCUCUUCUCACUGGGGGAUGAAUAUUUCUGAGUGAGAGUGAAAGUAUGCAUUUCAAGAAGAAGCGUCUUGAUUC